AUGUCCAUAGCACGAAUUCGGACUCCGGAAGACCCUCCCGACGCGGCCUGGAAUUAUGAAGGUCACAGUUAUGUGGGCUUUGACGAGUUCCGAGACAUUUAUGGAAAUGCUGUCCCAGAUCGACAAUGCGAACAAUGUACCACCCUAGAUCGAACUCCAGCUAGCCUUGACAAAGAUAUCAAGAACGCAAUCUUUGGCGGCCCUCUUUGGCCAGAUGAAGACGAUGAGGACGGCGAAUGGCUACCGGAAGAUUAUGAGGACGCGGAAGGGGAAAUGCUGGAAUAUGACAGCGAAGCCGAUUGUGACGUGGAAUCGUCAGACACAUCGCAAAGCGAUGACGAAAAUGCAGAUGGCGAGGACACUGAUAACAACAUACGCAGCGCCUUGCGUGAGCUGCAUGCGCCUCCACAGCCAAGACAUCUUCCGCACGGUACGUUGCGCAACGGUUACAUAUAUACCAGAGAGUGGGAGGGGCCGCGGUACCUUGGAGACCUUCUACCAAAACAAGCAUGCGGCUCGUAUAGACUGCCCUUGGAACAUAUCGCGGCACCUUCUUGUCAAAGUCUCCAAGGCAUCAACGGUCAUUUUCUGAGCGUAGAACAAAUGAAGGGCUGCCGUAACCAUAGAUUUCUGUUGGCCAAGCCACCGAACUGGCAAGCCGAUGAGAGCGAUAAUAUCUUCGAACGUGGCAGUUCUUUCGUCUUGUCCGGCGAAUCAAACGAGUCCUACUUGUCGCCUGUGGCUCCUUACGUCUACCCGCCCCGCUAUGGUGUGGAUAAGGUAGACUGCUGGACCCUAACUCUGAUGGAUGGCGGCCGUUGCCUGUGCAUUCGUAUUGCCUUGAUAUGUUUGCAAAGGCAUCCUACCGUCGACUUGGACGGAAUCUGGCAUUGGCGGGAGAUGCAGUCCUAUCCAGAGUCAUACAACCUUACCAGAGAUGAUGUGCUUCACCGUCCAGAGGUAGCUCAAGGGCGACACGAUGAUGGCAAUCCAUGGUGCCAUCAGCCGGGCGAUGAGUGGUUGGCUGCAAAUCCCGUAGAGAUUCCGGAGUUCUGCGGUUUAGUAGAAAGUUGCUUUACCUCCAGCACACUUGAACGUACGGUUCAAAACUCCCAAGCACGCCUUCUUGAGCUACCAGCCGAGCUUAUCGACCAUAUCAUAUCCUUCCUCGGGGAAUACGAGUUAAGUGCAGUGGCAGCUACUUCCCGCAAACUCCGCUGCCAUACACAAUCGUUUUUCAGAGCUCUUGCCGUUGAACACAUGGGCUGGUUGUGGGAAGUGUUCGAAGCCGAACGAUACCCAAACUCACCAGACUGGCCAGUGUCAUGGGAUCCCUGCAACCCCCCUGGCCUCGUUCCUGGCCUGCCAUACGAUCUUGAAACUGAGGAACAAGAGAAUGCGCUCUGGGCGCAGAUCAUAGAAGAAGACCCAGCAAUGGAAUGUUUUGGAAAUGCUGUCAAGACAUCCAAUUCAUCACGUCGUGAGGCCAUCCUUGCUCCAUAUAGGGCAAGAGCAGAGCUCUUGCUUAAAGAAUGGCGAACAUUCCGCGACGGCGUAACAGAAUGGAUCUGUCGUCUACCUUUAGGUGGGAAACAAAUAGGACAUGAUCUGGACUGGGCACGUUUGUGGCGCCUAUCCAAUCCUGAUACGACCCCAAUACCGGGCAUGCGAAACCGUGCGCGGAUCUGGAAGGACUGUGAACGUAUCCUAGAUUACAAUAUUCGUUUGCGCGAGCAAGGUGUAAUGGAUGCUAAGUGUGAAGUUGUGAGCGAGGCUUUAUCGGAAAGCAGACAGCAAUGGUGGCCUCAUGCAACAGCAAGCAGGCAUGACAGUAACCAUAAGGGUUUUCUGAGGCAACUGUGGCAUAAUGACUAA